CGCCCCGCUCCGGCCCCCGGAGGCAUCGCGCCGCGGCGGCCGCAGUCGCCAUGAGCGCGGCGUGGGGGGCGCUGGGCCGCGGGCUGUGGGCGGCGGCGGCGGCGCUGGCGCUGGGCGCGCUGCUGGGCGCCUGGCGCUGGGGCGGCGGGCGGCGGCGGGGGGCGGCCGGGGGGGGCCGCGGCGGCCGCCGCGAGCGCGUGGGGACGGUGUCGGGGCUCUUCGUGUACCCGGUGAAGUCGUGCCGCGGCGUGGCCGUGCCGCGGGCGCAGGUGACGCCGAUGGGGCUGCGGAGCGGCGAGCUGCGGGACAGGUUCUGGCUGGUGACCAAGGAGGAUGGACACAUGGUUACGGCCCGGCAGGAGCCGCGGCUGGUCCUGGUUUCUGUCGGCUGUGAGAAGGGUUGCUUGACCUUAAAUGCCCCAGCGAUGGAGAAGCUGUGUUUCCCUGUAAAUCUCUCCAGGAAAAAUCCAGUGCGGAACUGCAGGGUGUUUGGACUGGAUAUCCAAGGCAGGGACUGUGGUGAUGAAGUGGCUCGGUGGAUUACCACUUUCCUGAAUACAGAGCCAUAUCGACUAGUGCACUUUGAGCCUUCCAUGGUGCCAAGAAAGUCAAAGGACGUAAUAAACCUUUUCCGAACCACAGAUGAGGUUGCCUACCCCGAUUGUAGCCCAGUCUUGAUCCUCACAGAAGCUUCACUGGAAGAUCUAAACACCAGACUGGAGAAGAAAGUUAAGAUGGAGAACUUCAGGCCAAAUAUUCUUGUUACAGGUUGCAGUGCUUAUGAAGAGGACUCCUGGGAGGAUAUUCUGAUUGGUGAUGUGGAGAUGAAAGGGACAGUGUGUUGUGCCAGGUGUAUUUUAACAACCGUUAACCCAGACACUGGGGUCCUGGAUAGGAAGGAGCCACUGGAAACACUGAAAAGUUACCGCUUAUGUGAUCCAUCUGAGCGACAUUUAUACAAAUCCAGCCCUCUCUUCGGAAGGUAUUUUGCUGUUGACAAAACCGGAACCAUUCAAGUUGGAGACCCUGUGUAUAAGAUCGUCCAGUAAAGGGAGAUAGAUUUUGAUCAGAAGAUGCCUUUUCACUUUGAUAUUGAAAUUGUUUUCCCAUGAACACAGCCACUGACAUAACUUUUUCUUAUUCCUUGCAAUAUUUUCUGUUUUGUUCCUUUGUAAGGCACAGGGAGUCUUUGAGCCUAUGAAGUGCCAAAAGUGAUUUUAGAUCAUGUCAUGUGCUAGCAUUCCUAUAGAAACCAAAUCUUCAGUUUUUUACAGGCUGUAAAGAAGAAACCCCAAUCUAAAGACAAAUUACAGCACUACUGAGAGUACCACACUUCCUAAUUUUUUGUGUCAGGCUCCAUAUUGGAAUCCAAAAUUAUGUGCAAGGGCUUUGCAUCAUGUAUUAGAUACAUUCAGUGCCUCUGAAGAACCACAAAAACAGUCAUGCUGAGGCUAAGGUAAGCUUACUGACCUUGGAGCUGCCUUACUAGUACACACGGAGUGACGAAGGCAAGGCCUUGUCUUAAAUUCCACCCUUCUUUGGUCUUAAGCAUCUUUCUCUAUUUCUGGAGGUAUUUUCAGUCAGUGUUUCUUAACCUGCAGUCAUUCCCUGAAGACUGUGUGCUGUCUUUCAAGACUGGAGCUGUGUCAGAAGGAGAAGGGUUGUGAGCUGACUAAAUGCUACUCUAUUCUAUAGGUGGGAGCACUGGCUAACAGUACAUAGGUUCAUUUAUGUCCUCCAUUUGAAACUGUGAAUCAUCAUUUGCAUCUCCCCUGAAACAUACCCUGACAGCUAGUCCAUAGGCUAUUUUAGAGUGAUGCAUUUGCUACCAUAUCAAUAGAAAGUGCUCCAAUAUAACUAAAGAAUUAGGUGUUCAUUAGACCAGAGACUUUACUUGCAUUAGAGAGAAGAAGGCUUUUGGGAGUGAUCUGAUCCCAAGACUCCCCCUGUCCAAACUGAUAUCCUAGCCACGGUUGUAGGGUGCUAUGUUCAUGCUUAGCUCCUUUCUGGCUCAGUGAAUCUUUUACUGUAGAAAGUUGGACUGCUUCAGCAAGAGGGUGUCUCUGCCAAAGACACCUGCACAUAUAGAGAAGUAAAGUUUUAUGCAUCCAGGGGAAUACAUAGACUUCUGGUGCCAAAUAGCAGCUAAGCAGGGGUUUGGGAAGUUGCAGUUUUAGGCUGAGCAUUUUAAUACCCCUACCCCAUACGCACUCUUUCUUUUUUUUUUUUAAUCCUAACUGAAAUAUCAGCCACUUACAUGAAACUGAUAAUCCUAUUUUCUGCUAUAUGUUAUACUGCAUAGAACAAGUGGGAGGGUUGAUGCAGGGGGAAGAAACAACUGCCAUUGAUGGCAGUGCUGUCUUUUCUUCAAAUCUAGCAGAACUUAAAAAAAAAAAACCCUGUACUCAAAGACAAAAGUGAACCAUCUUUCAAGCACUUGGCCACCUGUAGCAUUGUUAUGGAUUAGUAUAUCUGGAAAGAGUGUUGAACUAGCCAAAAGAGGAUUUUAAAUAAGUAUGAAGAAGGACAAGUCAUGGCCCAAUUUGGAGUUUAGAUUCUCUGUUCUCUUUUGUGAGUAUGAAACCGGGAUUUUGCUGCAUGUCCACAGCUGACACUGGUAGAGUGAAGAGUCCUCGGCUUUUGAGCAGAUUCAAAUGGAUGUACGUGGCAACCAUGGAGCAGGUAUAUGAGGAAGGUAGUUCUGUAUUACUUGUUACCUGGGAGUUGCUCCAAGUAGUCUUUUGUAAGUAGAGUGCUCUGUAAGUGUUAAGUUCUCCUGUGACGGAGGAGUCCCCAGCUAGGACUACAUACUGCAUGCUUGUGCAAUGUUAUUCCCAGUGCAGUGACUAGUGGGAAGACAUGAGAUAAAAAGCAUCUUUUAAAAUGAAAAUAAUCAUGAGGUUAACUUAGAAAAGCGUAUGUUGAAAAUCCUUAAAAAUAUUAGAAGCUGAAACAUUGUGGAAUUCCUCAUAUUAUUGUUAAGCAAAGACAGCCUGCUGGCCUUCCAGAGCAAUUAGUUAAGUGUGUGUCGCUUAAGUCAAAAAAGUGGAAGGAAAGAGAGCUGAAUUCUUGCCUCUAGCAAAGCAUCAUUCUUCACUGUUUUCUUAGCACCACAUUAGGAGUUAUGUAACACAAAUUCUGUGUGAUAUAGGUCAUGUUGCAUUUUGCUAUCAUUGACUGGAUUAAUUUGGGAAUGCGGCGAUUUGUCCAAUAGGAAAUUUUGCAUCUGUGUUCCUGUUAUUGAAAGAAAAUUACAUAGAUCUAAACCCUGAUUUACCCCUACAAAACCUCCUUAGAAGAAUUUGGCUAGAAUCCUAAAAUGCAUAUGCUUCUGAGUGUAGUGAAUUUGACAAAUGACAUUUAGGUCAAUUAUGUGAUAAAAGAGGGCCCUCCUGGGAGCUGCAGAAGGUAACUAAUUAAUAUGACAAUAUAAAUGUUUUCAUAUAGUUGAACUCCUGUAACUGUAGGAAUUACAUUUGAUUUCACUGAAGCCUUUUAGGAAGUUGACUGAAAACAUGUCAGUCUUACAACACUUUUUGUAUAUGUGUGCUUAAAACUGUUAGCUGCAUUUUAACUCUGGAAAGAAAAAAGUAUUCUUCUUUUGAAAAAGUAAACUUCUAUUGAAUCAAAA